UACACAAUAAUGCUCCGUUUUCCAAUGCCAUAGAUUCUGAACUGAAAAUUCAGAAUUUCAGAUUUUGAUAUUGAGCUCAGUUUCUCUCGGGUUUCAAUUUUCUGGGCUGAUUCUGAUUUCUGGAUACCAUUUUAUGAAGCACCGUUGAGAAAAGCGGACUAUCCAGAUUCCAAAGCGGUUAGAUUCCAUGCGGAGCAGCAUCUCAUCCUCAUUCCACGUAUCAUCUCUUCCGUCCGCCAUUGCAGCAAACCUGCCGCUACAUAUGCUCCCCGAGAUUCUCUCCGUUUUCGUCUCCGCCGGCGCCGCACAUCGAAUUUAAUCGUGGAGAUGUCUCGAAGGAUAGUGAGGGUUGCGCAGGACGGGAGUGGGGAUUACCGGACGGUGCAGGAGGCGAUCGACUCCGUGCCGCUCCGCAACGCUUCUCGCACUGUGAUCACCAUCGCUCCCGGCGUAUACAGACAGCCGGUGUAUGUUCCCAAGACCAAAAACCUCAUCACUCUCGCCGGUCUCCGCCCCGAGGACACCGUCCUCUCCUGGAAUAACACCGCCACCAAAAUCGAUCACCAUCAGACGCCGAGAGUGAUCGGAACUGGGACAUUUGGGUGCGGGAGCACAAUAGUGGAAGGAGAAGAUUUUAUUGCUGAGAAUAUUACUUUUGAGAACUCUGCUCCUCAGCAGGGAUCAGGGCAGGCAGUUGCAAUCAGAGUGACAGCUGAUAGAUGUGCCUUUUACAAUUGCAGAUUUCUUGGAUGGCAGGACACCUUGUAUUUGCAUCAUGGCAAACAGUACUUGAAAGAUUGCUAUAUAGAAGGCAGUGUAGAUUUUAUUUUUGGGAAUAGCACUGCACUUUUGGAGCAUUGUCAUAUCCACUGUAAAUCGGCUGGCUUUAUUACUGCGCAGAGCAGGAAAUCUCCUCAAGAGACGACCGGCUACGUAUUCUUGAGAUGUGUGAUCACCGGUAAUGGUGGGACAUCAUUCACUCAUCUUGGACGACCAUGGGGACCUUUUGGGAGGGUGGUUUUUGCAUAUACAUACAUGGACGCUUGCAUUAAACAGGAUGGAUGGAAUAACUGGGGCAAUACUGAGAAUGAGAAAACAGCUUGUUUUUUCGAGUACAGGUGUUAUGGGCCUGGAAGUUGCCCUGAAAAGCGCGUGACAUGGACCAGAGAACUAUUGAGCCAAGAAGCUGAACAAUUCCUGAUGCAUGGUUUCAUUGACCCAGACCCUCAAAGGCCUUGGUUGGCUCAGAGAAUGGCUUUGCGCAUACCAUAUUCAGCCUAAAUCCAUGCAAUAUCUGUAAGCAUCUUCAAGUCAUAAUGCCCUUAUCUAUUAUAGAUUAACUCUUGUUCCUGCUAUUUAUGACUCUUGUUGUGUAUAUCAGUAUAUGUAUGUUUGGUAGUAGCCAUGAUGAUUGUAAGACAUGAUGAUAGAUCAAAAUGUUAUAAUGUGACUUGUGAGGAUCCAAGCCAUUAAUUUUAGAUUAAACUUAAAAGACAUUA